UUUUUUCCAUAAAAAAACCUCCUACAGUAAAGGGGACAAGGUACAGUGGACACAGCUCAGACCCCACCCUGGGGACCUUAGAGGUGGUGGGGACGUGUGGGACCCCCUUCCCUCUGCUCUCCUUGCCCAGCGGGGACAAACAACCCCUGCAAGCAGCCAUCGCACACCACCCAGGGGGCCCCUGUGAGCUGUGAGGACAAGGCCAUCUCUGUAUACCUUGGGCCAUCUUUGCGGGAAAAUGUAAACUUCACUUUUCCCAGCUUACUGGUGGAAACACGCAGUAGAUGAGAAUGCUACAAGAGAAAGCAAAGGAAUUCUGUGCACGGGAAACAACCUCAGAAGACCUCCCUGCCCCUGGGGUGGUGGAGGUCACGGAUCCUGGGGUUGGGGUGCCCCCUUUUCUGGGGGUGCAGGCAGCGGCUCACAGGAAGAGCCGCGCCCACUGCCUGAGAUGCUCCGAAGCCCUGGGCUUGCGGUGCCCCUCUGGGUGGGACCUGCCCCGUCAAAGCUUCCUGUGUGGCUUGCACUUGGGUCACAGGCUCAGAUUCCCCAUUUCCCAUUUCAGAAAUGACGAGCACGCCCGGGAGAGGGCUCAGACCAGUCAUGUCCUCCACGCUGGCGACAGAGUGAAGCCGCUGAGGUGAUGAGUGGCCAGCGAGGACCAUGCUCCCUUGGGGCUGGCUGUUUCUUUGGCUUCUGGGCACACAGAGGAUUGCAGGCUUGAGCACGGCAGAGUGUCCCACAAAGAACCUCCUCUGGACGUAUUCCCCAGGGAGGGAAGAGGAGUUUGUCUUGUUUUGUGAUGUGUUGGAGCCACAGAGACCACGUUUCUCCCACGGAAGUCAACACAGCCCAACCCAGGUCCCCGGAGCCCUGCCCUGCAGCGGUAGCGAGGACCUCAGCGGUGUCCAGUGGUACCUACAACGUGGGGACACGGGUCCCCUUGAGGAGAUUGCUGGCGGCCACCCUCACAUCACUCAGAUCAAGAGUGUGCUUCACUUCAGUGCCCCAGAGAUGGCGGAGGCUGGGACAUACGUUUGUAGAGCCAGGAUUAGGUCUGUCCCAGAUGCUCCUAUCGGCAAGCAUCCCAAAUUCUCGACUCUCACGGUGAAUGCCUGUGUUCACAGGACUCGUGUCUCUCCUAGGCGUGCCCCGGAUGUGGAUGUGGCUUACUGUCUCAAGACCGUGCUGGAGGUGAGGCCUCAUACCGUGGCCCCUUGCAAUGCCUCUGCACCCCAUAAGCAAUACCUGCUUCUCGGAACCGUCGGCGCCAUUCACUGCCCUGGUCUCAGCUGUCGAGAAGACGCACACAGGGCGGAGGUGACCUGGUACCAGAAUGGAAGAGUCCUCUCUGGAGAAAAGAGCGACUCAAUCCUGGUGGAUGACAUCUAUGACUACCACCAGGGCACGUACGUGUGUGACUACGCUCUGUCGCCAAAUGCAAGCUCCUGGACAGCCAGAGCUGUGGUUAAAGUGAGAACCAUCGUGGCCGACACUAAGUUCAAACCAGACAUUGUGUACCCUACCAAGGACGUCCUGGAAGUAGAACUUGGAAGACCUUUAACUCUUCCCUGCACUGUGCGAUUUGGCUUCCAGCGGAACUUUAACCCUGUGAUAAGGUGGUACAUCAGAGAUGCUGACCAGGAGUGGGAAUUCCCAGUAUUUCAGGAGAAAAGUGUUAAAUCCACUUUUGAGGAGGAAGUCAUUGAACGUGUUAUCUUCUUGAAAGAAGUCACGCAGAGCGAUCUGAGGCGGAAGUUUGUGUGCUUUGCCCAGAACUCCAUUGGGAACACGACCCAGACCAUCCAACUGAAGGAGAAGAGAGGAGUGGUGUUCCUGUACGUGCUGCUCGGCACUGCUUCGACCCUGGUGGGCGUGUUGGCAGCGGGUGUCCUUGUCUACACCUACUGGAUUGAAAUCCUGCUGCUGUGCCGGACCUACUGGAGCAAGGAUGAGACUCUCGGGGAUAAAAAGGAAUUUGACGCUUUCGUGUCCUAUGCGAGACGGAGCGCUCUUAGCAGCGAGGACCCCUCGCCUCUCAGUGAGGAGCACUUGGCCCUGAGUCUGUUUCCCGAGAUCUUGGAAAACAAAUACGGCUUCACCUUGUGCUUGCUGGAGAGAGAUGUGGCCCCCGGAGGAGUGUAUGCAGAAGACAUUGUGAACAUCAUUAAGAAAAGCAGAAGAGGAAUAUUUAUCUUGAGCCCCAACUAUAUCAACGGACCCCAAGUCUUUGAACUUCAAGCCGCCGUGAAUUUGGCCUUGAACAACCAAAUGCUGAAGCUCAUUUUAAUUAAGUUCUGUUCCUUCCGGGAACCAGAAUCCCUACCUCAUCUUGUGAAGAAAGCUCUCAGAGUUUUGCCAACUGUCACUUGGAGAGGCUUGAAAUCAGUUCCGCCCAAUUCAAGGUUCUGGACCCAGGUGCGCUGCCACAUGCCCGUGAAGCAUUCACGAUGGUGUGCGUGGAGCCAGCUGAGAGCCGUCCCGCGGGCGUUCUCCCCAGAAAGGACUGGGUGGGUCGGGAACCGCUGGGAUGCGGUCACAGUCUAGGGAGCAGGGCCGCCACUGCUGGAAGCCUCCCUGUCUGUGCCAGGAGGAGGACAGGGGCUGACGGGCGUGCAGUGGGCAGAGAGCAUCUCCCUCCUGCCGACCUAGUGGGCAAGGGAGCCCCAGACCGACUCUGAAGCUGCCACUGAGGGCCUCUGAUUGACUCCUGCACCUGCUUCCGCCAUGGACACGUGUUAAAGGGAGCUGUGCGGGCAGAGCUGUGCCCACUGGCGGUCAGAUAAUUAUCACUGUAUCAGACACCAGCGGUGGGGAUGCUGCUCGAAGUCUGACACUGUUUGAGCUUUUAUUAGCGCGGUCUGCAGUGCAUCAUGCUUGUACCCUGGUGGGGAGCCAGUGUGUGUACUGAGCCCACCUGCAUUCCCUUUUCACCCCGCCUCCCCUCCGUCUCUUGAUCCCCUGCCCCUUUGAGAAAGCUCUGUCUCCAUACUUCCUACUGUCUAUCUUCUAUUUUUCUUUUUAUUUAUACUUCGG